AUGGAAGAAACUAAUCCAACAUCAAUUCCAUUUCAAGAUCAAAAUGAAGUUAAUCUUAUGAUACAAGUUUCUAUUCAAGAACCAUAUGUAAUCAAUCCAACAGGAAAAAUAUCUAUUGCUUGUAUUAAUUGUGGUGUGAAAAAUAAUCAAUUACGAAUUUUAUGUCAACUCGGUGCAAAAGUAACAGUCUUUCCAUGGAAUUAUCCUUGGUCCCGUGAAACUAUUAAACCGGUAUUUGGUAUUGGUCUCGGACAUCAAUUAAUGGCUUUAGCUGCUGGAAUGAAAGCAAUAAAACUUAAAUAUGGACAACAAGGUUAUAAUCAACCAUGUUUAUUAGAAGGAACUCAAUGUUGUUUUAUAACAUCAUAA